CAAAACAUCAACUCACCCACCUAUAUAUACACCUCUCUGUCUCUCUCUCCCUUUGCAAAACACAACAGCUUUAGCUGUUUAAUUCUUCCUUUCUCUCUCUAAACUUCUUUCAAACUAUACACACAAUCUUCUUGUAUCUAUAUUUCUCACAGAAAAUGCUCAAUAUUGACUGCAAAUCAAACAUGAUCACUUCAAACACUCCUAACAAAUCUCCCAGGGUUUCGAAUAAGCUCUCCGGUUUAGCUCCGCCGCCGCCGGUUCUCGCCACCGACGUAGCUCCGGCGAACGAUGCUGAUUGUGCGGCGUACGAGCAGUAUAUUCGGUUACCGGAGCUGAAGAAGCUGUGGAGUGUUCGAGAAUUCGCCGGUUGGGUGAAUGAACCGGUGAUGAAACCGGCUUUAUCGGCUUUGGAGAUCACUUUCCGGUUCGUGUCGACCGUUAUGUCUGAUCCGAGGCCGUACACGAAUCGAAGAGAGUGGACACGCCGACUCGAAUCACUCGGAACGAGUCAGCUCCAAAUCAUAGCUCUGUUAUGUGAAGACGAAGAAAACAGUUCGAGUCGCGGCAAAGCGCCUAUCACGGAUUUGAGCUCCGAUGGAGCCGCUUUGUCGCGCGAAAAUAGCUCCGCGGAGGUAUGGAAACUCCGCGGAGAAACAACAGUAGUGAGCCGAGGCAGCGAGGUGAGCUUGCUGCCUCGGCUUGCUACGUGGCAAAAAACAGAAGAUAUUGCCGAGAAAUUUGUGUACUCAAUUGAAUGCGAAAUGAGGAAUUGUCCGUACACAUUAGGGUUAGGCGAGCCGAAUUUGAGCGGAAAGCCGACUCUGGAUUAUGAUCUCAUCUGCAAGCCGGUACAGCUUCAUGCUCUGAAACGGAGUCAUUUGAAUAUCGAAAAUUCGGAGAAUCAAUCUCUCUACACGAUUUACCAAAUUCUGGAGUCGUGGAUUGAUGUUUCAAAUGAGCUUCUGAAACGGAUUGGAUCACAAUUAGAUAACGGAGAACUAAAAUCCGCUUUAAAUGAUUGCUGGAUUGUCGAAAGAAUAUGGAAGUUGUUAGCGGAGAUUGAAGAUCUUCACUUACUCAUGGAUCCUGAUGACUUCCUGAGACUAAAAACUCAGCUGAUGAUCAAGUCCGAAGCCUUUUGUUUUCGAUCUCGUGGUCUCGUUGAGAUUACGAAGCUUUCCAAGGAUCUGAAGCAUAAAGUCCCGCAGAUUUUGGGCGUAGAGGUGGAUCCAACAGGAGGACCUGCUAUUCAGGAAGCCGCGAUGAAGUUGUACCAGAAGACGGGGGAAUCAGGAUUGGAACGGAUACAUUUGCUCCAGGCAUUGCAGGGAAUCGAAUCGGCGUUGAAGCGGUUUUAUUAUUCGUAUAAACAAGUAAUUGUGAACGUUAUGGGGAGCUUGCAGGCCACAGGGAAGUUCGUGUAUGCUGAUUCGGCGGACUUGCUCGGACAGAUCUACUUGGAACCGACUUAUUUCCCGAGUUUGGAUGCAGCGAAGACGUUUUUGGGGGAGUAUUGGCUUACUCACGGGAAGAAAUGAGUCGAGAGUCGGGUUGGUCGGGUUACAAGCACGAGCCUAGCUCCGUUCAAUUACAUUGAAUUCAGUUAAUUUUGUUUAGAACUAUCGUUACAUCGUAGAAUUAUUUAAUUUAAUCUGGUGUUAUUGUUGUUUUACAGAAAGGGAGCUGGUUAUUCGAUUGAUACAUGUAUGGUAACUUAAAUUUUUGACGAA